GACUGGGACUUGGCGAAGAUCAUCUUUUUUCCAAGUUACCGGUGCGAACUGUGCGAGAGGAGAUAACGUGAUUAAACUAUGUUUGGAAAAGUAUCGCUUGAAAAAGCGAUAAGAUUCACUACGAUGUGCACCCGGCUAAGUGCUUGUUUAGCACCUUCAAUCAGUGCCUCAAGUUUGGAAAUAAUUCGCCACAAAGUCUACUGGUGGAUCGCCCUCUGCGUUUCGUUAUCAUUCAGUUUACCAGUAAUAUACGAUCUGUAUUUGAAUCGCGAUGACAUGAAUAACAUCAUGUUGAACAUGGCUGAGUUAUGUCCGAUAUGUACGACGACUGUCAAAUUGUUGCUAUGCAAAUACAACGAACAAAAACUACAGGCGUGUGUUGCGGAAUUAGAGCACUUCGUGGCAACAGCAAGUCGUCGGGAACGGCAACUCCUGCAGCAUUACGUAGACAGGUGUAUUCCGGUUCAUUACUUCAUGUUGUUCUGCAUCGUUUCUACAAUCUUUGGCUUCAGCAGUGUGCCUAUAUUUCUUCCCCAGCCAUACCCAACCCACGCGACAUAUCCGUUCAAAGUCGAAACAGAUUUGCUGAAAAACGUGUUACGUGCUUUUCAAAUAUUAGCUAUUGUCCAAACUGCGCUUUUCGUAUCAAUAGAUGCUCAAUUCUCGACGCUCAUCUGGUUCACCGGUGCUCGUUUCGAGCUUUUAUCGGAGGAACUGCGGAUGGUUUCUGACAUAACGCAAAUUCACGCAUGUAUCAGGAAACAUCAAAAUGUGUUGCGAUUCGCAGAAGACGUAAAUCUACUCACGCGUUUUGUUGUCAGCGGUGUUGGAAUCAGUACGGCCGUAGGAACAAUUUGUGGUGGCAUACAGUUGCUUCAGGAUGCAACAGCAAUUGUCAAGGCACGAUUCGUCAGUUUCGUAAUGGUUGGUGCUCUGGAACUCUUCACAUAUGCUUGGCCAGCUGAACAUUUGGUAGAAAUAAGCGAAGACAUCGGCUACUCUGCAUAUAGUUCAAGAUGGACAGGCCAAAAGCCGGAAAUGACGAAUCUCAUUUUUAUCGUUAUGCAGAGAGCCAGGAAGCCAGCAGCGAUUUCUGUCAGUGGAUUCAUUCCAAUGUUAUCUCUAGACUUUUAUAAAUCGUUCUUGUCAACAUCAUUUUCCUAUUUCACAACGUUACGAGCGACGACUGUGGCGAACGCCUCUUAAUACGUAAGCGGACUCAUCGGAUCCAAUAGUUUGUGAUGACAUAAUCUAUUGUGCCGUAGUUUAUAAUUUUACUAAUACGUGGAUACUGCACAACACUCGCACAGAAUGAAAUCGAAUAUGAAAUCAGCUCACAAGACAACGUAGAGUGUCGGAGGCUAGGGACUAAUAUAGUUAAGAAGUUGGCAGUAUCGGUGGCGGCCCACCGUAUGUAAGGAAGUGGCCCACAAGCUGUUAGAUUAAUGUAUAU